ACUCACUACAACCCAGGCGAGCUCGCACUCCAGCUUGGCGUUCAGUGUGGCGCAGACGCUCCUUUCAGUUUGUUUUGUUUCUGGUUUGCGCGGACCCCCAUCAAUUAGCAGCCAUGGAUGCCAUCAAGAAGAAGAUGCAGAUGCUCAAGCUCGACAAGGAGAAUGCCAUGGACAGAGCCGAGCAGGCCGAGUCAGACAAGAAAGCAGCUGAGGACAGGAGCAAACAGCUUGAGGAUGACCUGGUAGCACUGCAGAAGAAGCUGAAAGCAACUGAGGAUGAGUUGGACAAGUACUCUGAAGCCCUGAAGGAUGCCCAGGAGAAACUGGAGCUCGCUGAGAAGAAAGCCACAGAUGCUGAGGGCGAUGUAGCUUCCCUGAACAGACGUAUCCAGCUGGUUGAGGAGGAGUUGGACCGUGCUCAGGAGCGUCUGUCCACAGCGCUGACCAAGCUGGAGGAGGCUGAGAAGGCUGCUGAUGAGAGCGAGAGAGGCAUGAAGGUUAUUGAGAACAGGGCGAUGAAGGACGAGGAGAAGAUGGAGCUGCAGGAGAUCCAGCUGAAGGAGGCCAAACACAUUGCAGAGGAGGCUGACCGCAAAUACGAGGAGGUGGCCCGUAAGCUGGUGAUCAUUGAGAGUGACUUGGAGCGUACGGAGGAGCGUGCUGAGCUGUCUGAGAGCAAAUGCUCUGAGCUUGAGGAGGAGCUGAAAACCGUGCAGAACAACCUGAAGUCUCUGGAGGCCCAGGCAGAGAAGUACUCGCAGAAGGAGGACAAGUACGAGGAGGAGAUCAAGGUUCUUACAGACAAGUUGAAGGAGGCCGAGACUCGUGCUGAGUUCGCUGAAAGAUCGGUUGCCAAACUUGAGAAGACCAUUGAUGACCUAGAGGAUAAACUCUCACGUGCUAAAGAAGAGGGCCUGAGCGUAACGCAGAUGCUGGAUCAGACUCUAAUGGAGAUAGUUGACCUUUGACCCAGCUCUGUUCCUCUCUCCCCACAUCUGCUCUGAAUAUGGCUGUCUCCCUACAUGAUACAGCGGCUACAGAUAACGUUGGAUCUUGUGUUUGUGUCCUCUGACCUUGUCAUCCUGAAGAAACGAGCUCUAUACAAGGUAGCUUUGGUGAUCUACAGUUAAACCACACUGUUUCCGUUACAUACUGUAAUCAAAGGUCACUCAAAAUUCACUGCAUAUCUUAAAUAAGUUUACAUGUAUGUUAGGUGAAUUUGCACUUUUUUUGGGGGGGGGGGCGGAGAAAUGUACUGCACAUAAUCAUUGUCAACAAAGCCAUAAAUUAAGCCAAGGUUAUAAAGGGACUUUUAUUAUGUGUAGUUUUGUAAAGUUGCUUGUGUGUCUUUGGUUCUUCUGUAUUGUAAACAUGUAUUCAUUGUCCGUGCUGUUGUACACUUCCAGUUCAGCGCGGAAGACAUUCUUAGCCUAGUUGCUUGAAUGUACUAUUGUGAUCAGCUAAGUAAACGACAUGUUUGCACACUACUCACUUUUCUGUUGAUUUUGAGAAACUGAUGUUUGUCUCAUUUUUAUCAUGAAUAAAAGGUUGGAUUAGGUAUAA